AUGUCCGUAUCGAUGGGAAUCGGAUAUAAGUACCUUAUAUUUUCAAAACAGCAAAAAAAGAAUAAAGUAUUUACUGCUAUAGUUAGAGUAUGUAUGAAAUGCGAUGCACCCUCAUUUACUCCUACUGAUUAUAAUUACAUUAUGCAAUGCCAAGAUAUAAAACCAAGAUAUAAAAUUUUAAACGACUUAACAGAUAAGUAUAAAACAUCAACAAAACGUAUUUAUCAAAUUUGGAGAGGAGAAGAGACUAAUAGGGUUCUCUGGGAUCAACCUAUACUCCGCUCAUAUGACGAUUCUAAUCAAAAUUCUAAUGUUUCAAAUUCUGGU